AGAAACCCCAGUUCCACAUACCUGCAAAAUUUGAGCUGGUUCUACUUAUCAAUUUCACUCCCCAUAAAUAGACAUUUUCACUAAGUGUGGAUUUCUCACAUCUCGGGUAGUCACUAUCUUUGACCUCCCACUUCCUGUGACCUUUGGAGUUUUCUGAGUGUCUUGUUCUAUGAUUGAAUAAAUGGCGCGGAUUGACCUUUCAGACGACCCGACGACCCCUCUGCUGCAGUCGACAAAAGUGGGAGACGCGGCAGCCCCAGGCGAAAUAAUUGAGACUCAGAGAACUACUGAGGCUGAUUUAAGCCUUCAAUCCUCGCUGGACAGAUGGAAUGACCCUCCGAUCAACGUGUGGCGGAUUCUCGCCAGCUUCUUCAGCUUCAUUGUGGUCGGCGCAAGUGAUGGAACGUAUGGUGCAUUAGUCCAUUAUCUUGGUGAAUACUACAAACUCGACUAUAGCAAUUUGUCUUUGGUAUUCCUUUCUCCUUGUAUUGGGUAUGCAGCGGCUGCUCUGUUCAACAAUUCCAUCCAUGCGCGUUUUGGACGCCGCGGUGUUGCGGUUCUGGGGUCAGGAUUCCAUCUAAUCGGCUUCGGGAUCUCCACCCAGCAUCCGUCAUACUCCGUACUCAUCUUCUUGUUCAUAUUUUCUGGCUUAGGUAAUGGUCUGCUGGAUGCCGCAUGGAAUGCCUGGAUUGGUGCUAUGGCAGACAGCAACAAACUGAUGGGUAUCCUUCAUGGAUUCUAUGGGCUUGGAGCGGCCUUAGCACCAGUGACAGCCACUUCUUUGAUAGACAAACAUGGAUGGCAGUGGUACGAAUACUACUACCUCAUGGCAGCCGGGGCGAUGAUUGAGACCAUAACUUUGGCUACUGUGUUUUGGUCGGCACAAGGACACUCAGUGAAGAUGAAUGACCGCACCACUGGUGAGAAUGGCAAUGAUGACAAUGAUCAUUGUCCGCGGUCCUGGUGGGAAACACUGGGCAAUAGUCCACCAAUCCAGUCACUUGGAUUUGCCUCCACUUGGAUAAUUUGUCUAUUCAUUUUCAUCUAUGCUGGUGUGGAAAUCUCUGUGGGUGGUUGGGUUUUAACCUUGCUUGUUGACAACCGGGGCAUAUCCCCAUAUAGAGCAGGCGUGGCAAACACUCUUUACUGGACCGGCCUUACUUUGGGUCGUGUCCUCCUAGGAUUUGUGACGACCUACCUACAGUCUGACGGGCUGGUGGUGACAACGUACUUAGUGGCGAGUAUAACAUCUCUCACGGUUUUCUGGUUGAUAGGCAACUUUACGGUCUCGAUAAUUGCGCUUUCCCUACUAGGAUUUUUCCUUGGUCCAUUGUGUCCGGAAGCCAUCAUUGCUCUGGCUCACAUACUACCGAAGCAACUGCAUGUCGCCGGUAUUGGCAUUGCAGUAGCACUCGGCAGUGCUGGUGGGUGUGUAUUCCCUUUUCUGACUGGCACUUUGGCAAAGAUCGCCGGUAUCCAAGUAUUGCAACCGUUUGUUCUAGCAAUGCUUAGUCUUUGUUUGUUCAUAUGGGCUCUCUUUAUUGUUUUGUCAAGACAUGGUCGGAUAGAAAGCCCACCUAGAAGAUCUCCUGAUAUUUGAGUUACAGGUGUCAUCAUUGGUAUACUAGGGGAAGCACCAACGGGAAUCCAUCGUCUGAUUUAUCUAUCGCCUCAAGAUCUUUCCUGUCUCAUCCUUGUCAACCGGACCCUUUGUGAGAUCGGAACGUCCUUCACCAUCGUUGGGUCUUGCAUUGAACAAUAUCAGUUCCGAAUACUAUAAAGAUAAAGACUAUGACUGUCAAGAUAAAUACUAGGAGCCUUUAGUCUUAUUACGUGCUAGGUUAUUUCAUCUCAUAAAUUCAACUACACCAUCCUC